AUGCUCGUCGAAAAUGCCGGAGUCUCAGUGGCGGAGGACGCGCUUUCGACCUACUACUCGACCGGCAGCCACACGGAUUCGACAGCUUCCGUCCCUUCAGGCUCCUUCGCCACGACCACUUCCGCGUCUUCGACGUCUUCUUCGUCUUCUGUUCGUGAUCGUCGUGGAGGUCUUCUAUCUUUUCUAAAAAUCCGGAAUUGGUUAGGAUUGGGCGGAAACGAAGAGGACGCUGAAAAAAAGAAACAAAAGAAAGAUACCGUGGAUGAGAUAAUAAAAGCGUUCCGGAACAACGACGUUGUCGGGAUGGAAAAGUUUACAGAAGUCGAAAAGCUCGAGAAGAUUGACGGGGAAAAAGACGAAGACGUUGAACACGAAGAAGUCUACUGGUGGGACGAUAAUGUGGACGUGGCUUUUCCAGUGAAACCAUAUAUGAAGGGCACUCCGCAUAUGAAGAAAGUUCUGGCGAAACUACCGCCUUCGAUUCGAAAAUGCGUUCGAUUCGAUUUGGAGAACACUCCGGAAGACAGAACUGCACGGGUGAGUGGCUCUGUAGUAUUCGCAUCGUAAUGUUAACCUUUCCAGCCAUUCACACCGCUCUUCACCAGCACCCCAAAGCCGCUCGACGCACCGAACGACGGAAGCGAUGAGGAUGAUGAUCUGCCGCCGCUCCGUGACAUUGACUCGAACACUUGCGUCCUUCCAGCUUCUGCCGGUCACAAUAACACUUCCUCCAUUCUUCUGUCGAACGUUUCUGUUAUGGAGAGCUGGAAUAAGGUGCAUUGUCACAUUUCUCUUUGAAUUCACAUUUGUAUUGCUUCAGAGCCGUCAACAAACCGAAGAUGCGCUCCGUCAGACGACUCAAAGCACAAACUACUACAAAGUGUGCUACGAUGACACUGAUGAAGAGGAGGUCGUGGAAGACAAUCAGCAGCAUUCGGAAGCUCCAGUAGAAUGCACACCUUCUCGUCGCACCUUCGUCAUCUCCAGUGAAUCUGAAUCGAGCAGCAAGACGGCAACUUUGCACGAGCAGAGCUUUGAACACGAUCACGAACACAACACCUCGACCGAUUCCAGCGUUGUUCUUGAACUCGACCGCCUCGAAGAUUACAUCCGUCAUCUCGAAGACGAAAUCGAUUCGGCGAACCGAUUUUCAAGAAAGAGGGACAUCAUUAGAGGGCGUGGCGCAGUUCGCCGUGCUCUUGUUCUGCAGGAACGAAUCGAUCAGAUGAAGGAGGAGAUCAAUGAGAUCUGUGGAAAGUUUGCCCAUCACGACGACCCCGAUGACUAUGCUGCGGACGGAGAUCGAGAGCAUAUGUCGGCGGCAUUCGAGGACUCUGGAUGGAGUGCGCAACUGAACAGCGACGAUGGAAGCUUCGGUGCGAACCAGCUGUGA